UAUCAUAUGCGUGUUCAAAAGACAAAGACCAAAGCAGGAAGUAAAACAUACUUUAGAAUCUACAAAGGUAUGCAUUAACGAUAGUUGGUCAAUGGGACAUGGACAUGUCUUGCUUUAAAUAUGAAAGAUGUGAACGGUCUCAAGUGUGACGAAAAGACCAUUCGUUUUUGUGAAAAAGUUUUCGAUGGCCUUGAAAAGUUGCCGCUUUGGCGUUUUGCCAAGGAGAGAGAAAAGGGCCAUAUAGAAUACUUAUAUUUGAUGGGGAAAGAAACUCUGUUAGUGUGUUGGUUUGUAGCUAGGUAAGGUUUCCGAGGAAAGGAAAUGGAGUCUAACAGGGCUGGUGAUCAAUCUUCCAGCAUCAGUCUCAUUGUCAUAAGCCAGGAUGGAAAUGAAGUGCAUGUCAAGAUCAGACGUGGCCCCAAAAUAAAGAAGCUUUUGACCGCUUACUGCCAUCGUCAUUUUUUGAAUUAUAACACUGUUCAAUUUUUGAUCGGUGGUUGUCCAUUUGCUGAUAAUAAGACUCCAGAAGUUUUUGACAAGUCUUGGAUUGGAAGAUGGGGGUGAAAUGAUGCCAUGGUGCAUGUGGAUGGAGGUGGUUAUGAGGUUAUCUGACACUAAGACUUCUAAUGCCAAAGUUUCAAACAACAAAUGCUGUACUUGUAUGGUAGUGGAAUGUUAAAUUGUAUUUUAAUUUAACCAACUCUUUGAGGAGGCUCAGUGCAAGACUAGCCAAGGUAAGAUGAGAUUACUUCCACAACUUUUUUUUCUAUGAUUUACUCAAGGUAUCGAUACUAUUAGAAAAAAGAAAAGCCACAUCCCAUCCGUGAAAGAUUUGCUCUUUCAUUGUGUCAGCUAGAGAAACCAAUGCAAACAAUCUUGUUAUAUUUGGUAGCACUGUUUGCUUAGUUUUAUUUCAAUGA